AUGGACCGGCGACAUAUACUGGCCGGUGUCUUUCGGGCGGUCCAAAGCUCAAGGCAACGUCUGCCAAGACAGCCCAGACGAUGGCAAACAACAAACAGACCAAAUACUGCUCCAGCCUCGGGCUUAUGGACAACGGCACGCACUCUGCUAUUGAGGACCGCAGGAGUCGUCGUUAUUCUAUCUGCGACUGGAGCCCUGACAAGAGCAUUUGGUACCAGCAAUCCUCAAAAGAAAGGCCUGCCCGACCCAAGCUAUGCCUCGAAAGCGGAAUUGGAGAAGGCCAUCGGCGAACUGCGGAUGCUUCUCGACGACGAAGCAGCAAUAUCAACAGACGACGAAGACCUCCACCGUCACGGCUACAGCGAGUGGUCCAGCAUAAACAUCGCCACUCUACCGGUGGCUGUAGCAUAUCCCAAGUCAACAGAAGAAGUCAGCCACGUAGCCAGAGUAUGCAGCAAGUAUCGUAUCCCCAUCAUUCCGUACUCCGGGGGCACGUCGCUGGAAGCAAACUUUUCUGCACCGUUUGGAGGUGUGAGUGUAGACUUCUGUUUCAUGGACAAGAUACUGCAACUCCGCGAAGACGAUAUGGAUGUAACAGUUCAGCCCAGCGUAGGCUGGAUGAGUCUGAACGAGCAUAUCCAGGACUCUGGACUGUUCUUUCCUGUAGAUCCUGGCCCGAGUGCGAUGAUUGGUGGGAUGGUGGGAACCAGCUGUAGCGGAACGAAUGCGGUGAGAUAUGGUACUAUGAAAGACUGGGUGAUCAAUCUUACGGUAGUCCUAGCAGACGGCACAGUAAUCAAGACCAAACGUCGACCUCGAAAGAGUGCGGCGGGAUACAACUUGACCUCGCUCUUUGUAGGCUCAGAGGGCACCCUCGGUCUUGUGACGGAGGUGACUCUCAAGCUUGCUGUAAUACCUCAAGAGACAUCAGUAGCAGUGGUCACUUUCCCAACAUUCCGCUCAGCGGCGGCUACAGCCAUGUCAGUCGUUCGCUCCGGCAUACCAAUAGCUGCAAUGGAAAUCAUGGAUGACGUGCAAAUGCGUGUCGUCAACGAUGCCGGCGCUACUGGUAAGAAGUGGAGAGAAGUGCCAACACUAUUCUUCAAGUUCUCCGGUACCCCUCAAGCGGUCAAAGAGCAUAUUCAGCAAGUCAAACAGCUGGCCAAGAAACAAGACAGUGGCGAAUUCGAGUUUGCAAACGGAGCAACAGAGCAGAAGAAGCUAUGGAGUGCUCGGAAGGAGGCGUUAUGGUCCAUGAUGGCAUUACGCCGAGAAGGCGACGAAGUAUGGAGUACAGAUGUUGCUGUACCACUUUCGCGACUCGCCGACCUGGCCGAGAUAUCGAAGAAGGAACUAGAUGAGCUCGGUAUGUUUGCCAGCGCGCUUGGACACGUUGGUGACGGCAACUUUCAUGCUUCCAUCAUGUACAAGUCUGCCGACCCUGAAGAGAGAGCGAAGGUCGAAGGAUGCGUGAAGCGAAUGGUCGAUAGGGCGCUGGAGAUGGAAGGCACGUGUACGGGUGAGCAUGGCGUUGGGCUCGGCAAGAAGAAGUCGCUCGUGAAGGAAUUGGGCGAAGACACUAUUGAUGUUAUGAGGAAGCUGAAACGCAGCCUUGAUCCUCUGUGGAUUAUGAAUCCAGGAAAGAUAUUUGAUCUUUCAGAUAGCUGA